AUGCCUACACUCCCGCAUACGGAUGAAAACGCGGCCUCCACGAAUUUUGCCUACCACAAUGAUGCUGCGAUGGGUGUGAAAACUGCGGCCACUCAAAGAACUGCACUUGGCGACGUCACAGCGCGUGCUAACAUGCCAUCGAAGGUAUCUACGGCAGCACAAAGCUUCAAGAAUCGAACAGGACUUUACUCGCGUCCGUUAAACACUAGGCAUACACCAGAAGUUGAGGUUAUCGAAGACGAAGUUGCACAAAAUCAUGCUGACUGGGGACCUGAAGAUGCCGGUGGGUUGAAUGAUCCCGAUAAGAGUGUCGCCGCGGAAUCCGAUGAGAACGAUUCAUCCUCGUCCGUCCUGGCAGACAACGAGCCUCUGCUACUGGUCACUACCGACGAAUCGCGGCAUCUAGUCGAGCUAGCACGCCAGAAGCUCCAUACAGACCAGCCAGAUCCGCUUGAUGAGGAUACAUACGAUCUUGUGAUGGUUGUGGAGUACACCAAUGAUAUCUUCACGUAUCUUCAUGAAUUGGAGGAUAAAUGGCGUCCUCAUCCUCGUUAUAUGCUUUUCCAGCCGGAACUGAAAUGGUCUUACCGAUCGACAUUGAUCGAUUGGAUAGUACAAGUUCAUGCUAGAUUCCAAUUACUUCCAGAGACACUAUUUCUGACUGUCAAUAUCAUCGAUCGAUUUUUGUCGCGCAAAACAGUCACUCUAAACAGGUUUCAACUUGUAGGAGCAGCCGCACUCUUUCUGGCUGCCAAGUUUGAAGAAAUUAAUUGCCCGACAAUCAAAGAGAUUCUUUACAUGCUGGAUAAUGCUUACUCCAAAGAAGAACUUCUGAAAGCGGAACGAUAUAUGAUAAACACUUUGGAAUUCGAAUUAGGUUGGCCCGGACCCAUGUCGUUUUUGCGACGCGUAAGCAAAGCAGAUGACUACGAAUACGACAUAAGAACAUUAGCCAAGUAUCUUCUGGAAACGACCAUAAUGGACUCGCGCCUAAUUUCUGCACAACCAAGUUGGCUCGCCGCAGGUGCUUACUACCUGAGCCGAGUCAUUCUCGGCUUCAAUGACUGGACUCAGCAUCAUAUCUUUUAUUCCAAUUACACUUCGGAACAGCUAUUCCCAUUGGCCACCGUGGUGCUAGAAAACUGUCGGCACGCAAGCCAAAGGCAUCAAGCAAUAUUCGAAAAAUACGGCGAGCGCCGCCAUCGUCGAUCUUCGUAUAUUGUGGCCCGUUGGAUAGCUAUGGCAGAAGAUCGUGCUACGUGA